UUCUAAAUAAGACAACUACAAGACCGAGCAGACCCAGACCCAGUGGGACACCCAGAGGGAAUGGAAUAGGAGCAGGGGUCAAGCAAGUCCCACUGCCAUCUGGUGCUGGUAGAAAUGUAUCAGUGGAUUCUUCUCACCCCACAAAAAAACCAGCCAUAAUCCCAGGUACUCGUCGCCCACCCCUGCCACCCAGACCCAUGCCCCCACGAAGAAAGCCUUUACCACCCAACAAUGUCACCGGAAAGCCAGGAAGUGCAGGAAUCAUUUCGUCAGGCCGAGUAACUUCCCCACCCUUGAGGGCAACACUCAGACCUACAGAAGCUCCCUUGGAGACAAUGGAGACAGAUAAAAAGCCACCGACAGUUCCUGCCUCAGAAGAAGAUCUUGAUAACAUGACUGACUUUAGCUCAAGUCCAACAAGAGAAACUGAUCCUCUUGGGAAGCCCAGAUUCAAAGGGCCUCACGUGCGGUAUAUCCAAAAGCCUGACAACAGCCCCUGCUCCAUCACCGACUCUGUCAAGAGAUUCCCCAAAGAGGAGGCCACAGAGGGGAAUGCCACCAGCCCACCGCAGAACCCACCCACCAACCUCACUGUGGUCACUGUGGAGGGGUGCCCGUCCUUCGUCAUCCUGGACUGGGAUAAGCCGCUCAACGACACUGUCACAGAAUAUGAAGUUAUAUCCAGAGAAAAUGGAUCAUUCAGUGGGAAGAACAAGUCCAUUCAAACAACAAAUCAAACCUUCUCCACAGUAGAAAAUCUAAAACCAGACACAAGGACCUGUCAAGUCAUAAGGUUCAUGUCUAGUUUCCAGUUAUAACUGUUGUGGGACUCACGCUGCUUGUUCUUGGAGUUUGCCUUGGACUCAGAGGCCACCUCUCACCGUUAUCCCACUAUUGUCACCUGUGUCCUGCUUGUCUCCUGUCCACCGUCGAUAUGCCUUCUAAGGAGGACCCCUGUGACCUCUAUGUGCCCAACUUAGGUAAAAUACAAGCAGUCCUCAAAGUCACCACUGAUAGUGACGCUGCAGCAGGCAUA